AUGGCAGUCGUAUCUUUCAAAAGGAUGAAUAAGCUAAGAGCGAUUCUCCUUGUCGUGUGCAUUCUGCUGGAAGUGCAGGCAAAAGAAGGUACACAAGACUUCAUCGAUAAAUACAACAGGUACAACACAGUCUGUAAAAGAAUGGGAUAUCAGAAUAGGAACUGUUCAGGAAAAGAGAAAGCGCCUGAAGAUGGUCUGUUCUCAUUUAUGUGGACCAAUGUAACAAAGGGUGGAAAACAAUUCCACACUGAAAUUGUUCUCAACGGUAAAAUUAUUGGUUAUAAUCAUGUCAAUGGAGUGUCAGGCAGUUCUCACUGGGCGUCCGGAACUUCAUCAGCUGUAAUAAAAAUGAAGAGGAAAGACGAAGUUUGGAUAAGAACAGAUGGUUCGUUUGGAUUGUAUGCUUAUGCUGACUGGUCAUCAUUCACUGGAUUUAAAUUGUAA